CACGCACACACACACACACACCCCAACCCCCUGUGAUUGUGCGGCCGCUCCACGGUUUGCACCGGACAAACGGCGUGUUUCUCGAGGCGUUAUGCUCUAAAUAAAAAAACAAACCGACAUAUUCUGGAGCAGCGGACGCGCCGAUGGAGACGCGUCGGUGCAUGAAGAAGACGCAGUUGGCCUCUCCGCGGCGUUUCGAACUAUGAUCGGCGGUAAACAGGCAGAGGAACACGGAGAGAGAAAUCUGACUCAACAUAAUCCAUCUGGACAUCAGGGGGAGAGAUGAGGACCAUGAUGGCUUCGAUGAAAGCAGCAUUAUUCGUGUUUUUGCACGGGGUGCUCCAGUAUGCUCUGUGCCGCGACGUAACCCUUCCCACUGGACCCCUAUUCCGUGUGGCCGGAUUCCCCCUCUCCCUUCCCUGCAGUGUAUCAGGAUACGAAGGCCCACGCACGCAGGACUUUGAGUGGUUCCUGUACAGGGAUGACGCUGGUGGAAGACAGAUGGGAGUGGUGUCCACCAGAGACAAGGGCUUCCCAUACGCCCCGUUCCAGGCCCGGGUGAGGAAUGGGGAGGUGAGAGUGGAGAGAGACUCAGGAGACAAGGUCAGACUAAUGAUCCAGAGGCUCCGGGGUGAAGACCAGGGAAAGUAUGAGUGCUACACACCCAGCACGGACAGCACCUACCAGGGGAACUACAGCGAGACGGUCAUUGUCAAAGUGAUCCCUGACACGCUCCAGAUCAGCUACUCCCGCGCCCUCACCGGCCAGCCCAUGCCAGAGGGGGCUGAACUGACUCUGACCUGCUCCGCUAGCAUCCAAUCGGAGCAGCUCACCCAUCUGUCCAUCACGUUUGGGAAGCGUGGCGGUGGAGACGGGUCGGCGAGCGGAGCAGGAGGGGAAGUCAGCACCGUUAGAGAGAUUAUCUCCAUCGACAAGCUGCUGGGGGUCGUCCCCGGACGUUUCUACAAGAAGCGCUACGAUGAUGGAGAGAUCACGCUGGAGAAGAGGAACGGAGAGGGCGGGCAGGGUGUGUACGUGAUGAGGAUGAGGGCGGUGCAGCCGGACGACACCGGCUCCUACUUCUGCGAGGCCUCUCAGUGGAUUCUGGAUCCUGAUCGAUCGUGGCAGAAGAUUGCACAGAGGACGCUGGAUAUUGGCAACCUGACUGUUCAGCAGCUAGCCGAGUCUCUGAGUGUAGCAUCUUCGCCCAAAGGUGAGGUGACCCUGCAGGUUGGUUCUCCUCUCAUCCUGACCUGUGAGGUGCUCGGGCUGCCGUCUGAAGUGAAGUCAGGCCUGCUGGUUCAGUGGAUGAAAAGGGGAUCUGUCAGCAGCGAUGUAGUGGGGAGCGGAGGAGUGGAGGUGCAGGAAUUCUCCUUGGUCGAGGUUGCCCGGAUGAGCCCAGAUGGCAUCGUGAGCUGGGGCGACGACCUCAGCAGAGCGAGCGGAGGGUCGAUGGAGAAGGUGGCCGAGGGGAGGUACUCUCUGAAGCUCUUCUCAGCCCGGCCCUCUGACUCAGGGCUGUAUCGGUGCGUGGUGAGCGUGUAUGCUGGACGGAGAAAUCCUGGCCUGUCCAUGCCUGCAACACUCACCCAGAAGUCCGAGGGAGUCACUGUCAACCUGAAGACCAAAGAUGUUUUGGUUUCUGCUGUGGCUCAGCUCCCUCCUGGUCCUCUGCUGAAAAGAGGCAGCACCGUCACCUUAAUCUGCAACGCCACCAUGACGACCACAGGCCCCGCCCAGGCUCAGGUGGACUUCCUGCGGUGGCCAAUCCCUGAACAGGUUGUCAAGAAGGCGUCUGAUGUCGCUCCACUCGACCCACCUGUUGUAGUAGAACGUACACUGAUAGCCACUCUGAAGUACAACGGCAUAGUAAACAUCUACACCAAUGGCAACAAGAUCAGCAUCGACCGCCUGUCAGCUGUCACCUACAGACUGAGGGUCCACACGGCUACCAUGGAGGACCAGGGCAUGUACGCAUGCAGAGCUGAGGCGUGGGGGCAGGACCCACAUGGAGGCUGGUACAACACAGGGGCCAAAGCAGAGUCCAAUGCAGUGACUGUUUACCUGUAUGCCAGAGCCGCUGAUCUGCUCCUCAUCCCUCUGGUGAUCGGAGUCUCGUCCGCCUUGUUUGUCGGCAUUGUCAUCAUCGCCACGGUGACCUGCUGCUUCAUGAAGCGGCUGGCGAGGCAGCGUGCUCACCAGAAGUAAACGUCCGCUGUGGCCUGCUGUCUGGAAUCCGAUUGUUCAUGAAGUGGCACGAAGAGGUGAUGCACACAUCAUAAUGGAUAAAACAUGGCCCACAAAAUAACUUCACAAAAUGAAGUAUAAGAUGACUCUGUCACCUUGAUAGUUGAUUGUCUGUGUUUUGACCUUCCCGUUUAACGAUCAAUGCCAAAAAAAAGUCGGUUUUGUAUUCUCGUAUUUUUAUAUCCAAACCUCCUUUGGACACAGCAUAUUUUUGUGAUUGCUGCAUUGUGCACCAAUAGACAUAGUCGCAUGGAUUUUUGAGGCCACCAUCCCGCCGUUCCUCUCCACGCUUUAAGUGGGAAAAGACGCUUUCUUUGGUUCCUGUUUCCAUCUUAGUCUAAACCACAUUUUUAGUGAACUCUUUCUCCCAGCUUAUUAUCGUUUCAACUGAAAAGGGGUCAGAAUCCACAGACAAACACGGUUAAAGUAAAGAGGGCACUGCAGGUUUGUGUUAGGUCUCCUAAAUAUGAGGAAUCUGAUCGUAAAAGUGUUGUUUCUAAAGAACCCACUGCCCUCUGAGAAGUCAUGGCUUGAUUUUUACAAUGUGAUGCUACAAAGACGGUUUAUAUGAUGCUGGAUAUGUAGGUCAUCCUGCUUCGACUAAUGGUGCAAGUUUCCCACAAACAAAGAACAUUCUGUGUUUUUACAAGUUGUUGAUAGUGUUCCUUCCUCAGACUGCAUGUUUUUUUUCCCUUUAUAAUACAAAAACCAACUAUGUCUAAAUGUACGUGCAUGGUUAAGGCACUGCCACUGACAGUCACAUGAAUGCUGAUGGGAGCAGUUCAGCCUCCAGAAACUUACUAUGAGCAGGGACGUUCCACCGCCUGCAGUCCAGCACCGCUCUGCAUGUAAACAAUGUCUCAGUCUGUUACUUAAUAAGGAAGCCGCUGGCAGGGGACUUUCUGAUACAGACCAAUCGAGUACGAUUCCCAAUUUCAAUGCAUUCCUCGCCUGUGAUGCUUCAGGCUGUAGAGUUUUCUAUACAGAUUUAUAGAUUUGACAGAGAAAGUGGAAGAGAAACCCAAUAUGCACUGAGGUGAAAUAUGUAAAUACUCUAUGGAGUUUAGCUGUUUAUUUUCUUAAUGUAGAUACAAGUGUGCUGUAGCACCGUGUUUCUUUGGCGAUCACCUGUGUUUAACAUUCUGCAGCAGUCUGUUCUGCUCUUCUGAAGCACUUGGACAAAAAAACGGGACUGAGACCAAAGCCCCUUGGUAUCCUUUUACUUGAUUUUCUUCCAGCUGAAAAGUCAUUUCUUUGCUUUUUUUCUUUCUUAUUUUGUGGGGAUUUAUCGUUGCUAAGCUCUUGUCGAGUGACUGUGAUAGAAAAAAACAGUACUGUGAAAAAGAAAUUCCCUGUUUGUUACACUGCCUAACAGGAAAGCUGUUGUGUUGUUUCAUGCCGUUCAGGAUUCUUGUCCCCGAGGUGAGAAUUUCCUGAGGAGUGCAGUCAUUUGACCAGACAGUUUAGUGGAGCCUCGCUAUCGUCGUCGUCGUCAUCAUAGUUAUCAUGUGGUUUCAGGCCACACAUUUCUGCUGCCAAGACUUAUUAUGUCUAUAGCUCCCACUGCUGGCCCGCAGCAAUCUGUUGGACAGAUUUACUGUGUCUGCGCACUUAAAAUGGGUGAAAUCCAUCCUCCUCUUCCUGUUGAAAGCAACACUUAAGAAAAGUUUGGUCGUGCAAGCGGGCCCACAUUGUGCGAUCAUUUCAGGUUUGAUACAUGUUCGCAGAAAGCAGGAGGAAGGCAAAAUUUGUCGUUAUCCCGCUCGUCACUCUCUCAUUGAAGCGAUCUCAGCUCACUUUUCGGACUCGUCUAAAUUUGUUUGCACUGAGCUGUACUUUACUGUCUCAGUUUAUCUUUACUCUCUGCCUGUCUGUGUUGGAGUCGCUCCAAAGCUCCUCCCUAACCUGUGCUCCCUAAACCCUGAUUAUAAAUGUUGUUCAUGAACAUUAGGGAAUAAAAUCACAGCUCUGCUUGCUUCCCGAGCCACUUUGUUCCAGAUCAACUACUCAAAGCUGAUUUAUUCCCCCACAUACCCACCUACCGCACGAUUACGCUCGUGCACACAUACAUGGAUGCAAGCAGCAGCAGCAGCAGCAGCAGCAGCAGCAGUAGGACGGUGCUGGCUGGUGUUUUACAUGGAAGUGAAUAUCUGCGUGUUCAUCUCUAAUCCCUGUUUAUGGCUGCAGUGUGUCCUGCUGCCCUUCCCCCACCCCCCUGUGUGUUACAGCAGAAAUGUGGCUCACACUCGAUUCAUUUCAAUCUCUUUUCCCAGAGAAUUACUGCCAGCUGUAGACAGUGUUGCACAUAGUGUGCAGAGUAUGAGAACUGCUGUCGAAGUCGUGUUUUUGUUGAAGAUGUAUUAAACCCUUUCAUGGAGGCGUUACGUUCUGUUUGGAUUGUUCACUCAUGCUUUAAUACCACUGUUCCCGAAUGCAUCUUACUGCCAUGUGAAACAUAAAGACAGGUUAUUGCUCAGUUUGUUUCUUACGGUGCUUUGGCAAACCUGCCAGUUGAUAAAACCAAUAAACCACUCUGGAUUUCUAAUGUCA